CUGCAACACUUGAACUUGCACAAAGAAAGAGGAGGAACACCUUGGCUCAUGCAAAUGCGGUCUUAGUCAGAGUCUCCUCAGAAAAGCGCUGUGUGCUGGCUGAGGCAGAGCAGGGGAGUCUUCUUCUCCUCCUCAGCCUCCCUCGCUCCUCCCCCCAUCCACUGAGUUAUUCACUAUUUGAGCCUCCAGGAGAGGAAGGAAAGUCAGACACUGUAGAGACAGAGGGACAAGGAGCUGUUAGUCCCACACACUCCCACCACAAAGCCACCACAGAUAGCCAGGGAGUGUGAAAUUUGGCAAUCCAUCACCUUCUCUAAUUCACUAAUCUAAACUCUUAGUUUCAUCACAUGAGGAGGGAAAGAUGGCUCCUUCAGUGAAUCUUUCUUUCCUUCACUCCUGUCUCUGAAGGUUUUAUUUUUGUUACACUUUCAGGAUUUUCUUUCUCCUGUCUGGAAUACCAUCCCUGUGGACUUUCUGGACCUUCCUCCGAUGCUGACUGACCCGUGUCGAGCCAUGUCCAUGGGGUCAGACGUCCGAGAUCUGACCCUCUUAUCUCCAGCGCCUCCCAUGCCGUCCUUACCAGGAGCCGGCGGCGGCUGUGGGAUGUCUGUCCCCGGUAGUGGACAAUGGACUCAGCUCCUGGACCUUCACCCCAGUUCUCCCUACAGUACCCUGCCAUCCCACCACUCCCUCAUCAAGCAGGAACCAGGAUGGGGGACUACUGACACCAUCGAAGACCCUCACUGUGGACUCGGGGCCUUCACGGUGCACUUCUCUGGCCAGUUUACGGGAUCGGGCCCCUGUCGAGUUGGGGCAUUCGGGGAGGGAACUGCAGGGCAAGCCAGGAUGUUCCCAAGUGGGACCUACCUGCCUGGCUGCAUGGAGAGUUCUCCUGCACCCAGGAACCAGGGUAAGGAUGCUCGACACCAGCCCCACCUCACUUAUCUCCGGUCUCUGACCAUGAAUCCUUAAGCCAGGGGGUCUUUGCAUCCUCACAUCUCCCACUGUUUGCAUUCAGCACAGAUCUCCAUAUUUAGAGGGCUGUCAUUAGUGUUGUGUCUCAGCAGGAUGUUAUGUGCAGUACUGGGUCACCCCGUCCCGUGUCAGGAAUGGGCUUGACAGUUUCCUGGUAGCGCUCUGGCACUGAUCCAUAGAACCAUUUACUCUGAUGUUUUAAAGGUAGUUUUUUUCUGGAAAUCAAAGUUUGAUUUUCAGUUACAACCAAAGACACUGUGUAGCGUUAGCGCACAUUUAUAAUUUUGUUUAAUUUAUCAUUUAAAAUGGAUAAUUAGGUUCCUCAUUCUUAAAGUUUUACAGGUCUGAAAACUCACUUCACUUUCUUUAUUGACUGGAAAUUUUAAACUUAUUCUACUUGAGCGUCUCAGCACACUUUGAUCAAUAAUUGGAUUUUACAUUGAAAAAAAUUUAAUCUAAGUCAUGAAAUUGAAAAAUACAGCAUACCAAUACAAACUUUAUAUUUGUGUUUAUGAGAUGCAGUUCUUUUAGGCAUGAAAUUCUCAUGCAUGCAUCUUAAAUUCAGGUACUUUUGUAGAAAUCACAUUCGAAUGAUGCGCUCGCUGCUCAUUAGAAAAUACUUUAGACACUAGGCCGAUUGGGUCAAUGGAGUCCCAACACUUUUCGGGGCUACCCUCUCCAAGCGGUAGAAAACGGCCUAGGUAAUGGUUCUGCCAAGGCCAAUAUCUUUUUUUUUUCUUGUUAAUCUUACACCAAUGCUGGAUUUUUAAUCAUAGCUAAACAGACAUAAAACUUCCUGAUCUACAUAAACUGUGUUACUAUUUCACAGGCCUGUUCUUUACCGGCUCUGAGUACUCUUGGGUCUCUAGAAGACCGAUACUACAUGGGCCUAUGUGUAAAGUAAAUGUUGGCUCGUCUAAACAAUUUUAAUGUAAGAAAAUGUGUGCAAAUCAGAUUAUUCUGGACCCCUCAUUCAUCCAGCAAAUUAAAAAAAGCCAAGAACACAACAGGUAGUGAGUAAAUAGAUAAGAACUUUAAUAAGUAAAUAAAUAGAUAAAUUUUUGUACCCAUUUUUAGACUAUUUCCCUGAAAUAAUUCUCAAAAUAAAUCUAGGAUAAAAAGUAAGAUAAAAGGAGAAUUAUAAGGUUGUUUUAGCGGACAGAUUAUUUUCUCUGGUAUUUUCUGAGCUUAUUUAACCUUCACUAAACAAAUGUCACUGGGGGGAUUGGAUAUUUUUAUUUGAAAUACUUUUCUGGGGUCUAAUUCUAUUUUAUUUUCCUCUGCGUUUUGUGUCCUACAUGUUAUGAUUCUGUUUGUACUGUAAACAGCGCUCAUGGGCCUUACAGCCCAGAGGUCAGGCUUCAAGCCUGAGUGGGACUGCGGGUCAGACUUUCAAAACAGCAUACAUGAAGUCUUGUUGCUUAGUGAAAGUAGUUUUUAAUAAAAACUAAAACAGUCAUCAUUUCUGUCCUCUGCAGACUUCAGGGAUUUAAAUAAGAAAGAACCAUGAGUCAUUUUUCUCUGAAGCCUCUCACCAUCCCUCUGAGGCCUGACUCAGGAUAUAUCAGCAUGGCUGCACUGUGUGUCACGACUAUUCGGUUACUUUUUAACAGGACAGAUAAGAAAAAAAUGAAGUGACAUGGGACCAGAGAUUUGUUUUUCUUUUCUUUUUUUAAAAAUAAAAGAAGUCUUGAAGUUGGUCUUUUAAAUGUAUUUGUGAUACUUCUUUUUUUUAACCAGAAUAAAAAAGGCGUCUGGUUUUCAUGAAGGCGAUACUACAGUUCAACAUCCUGCUUAAACAGCCUGGGUUAUUUAUUUAAUUAUAUUUAUUUAUUUUCUAAUUAAAAUAUGCAAAAUGCCUUAUGAUCAAACUUCUAAAUAGAGUGAAUAUUUUAUUUUUUUUUCAAAUGAUAAUGUUUUAAUAAAUCAAGAAAAGUACAGAUAAUAGAACUGGCAUUAGUGUUGUAGAAAUUUGUCCACAGCGCGCCACAUUGAAGCCCUUGAGGAGGAUCUUUUUCUAAUACUUUUUCACAUUUUUAUGAAAUAUUUCAGGCCUGAUUGAGGUCAGGAAAGGUCAGUUUUCCGCCCACGGUCCACAAAUUGAAUAAAAAUUGAAUUUAAUGGUCCGCUGUAUGUGUGUAAAGUGAAUCAAUACAUCAUUUUUACAUAACUUUCUCAAAUGUAACAUUCCUCUUAAACUUUAACUUCAUGCAUUUCUCGCAGAUAAUGUAAUAACUCACAAUGCUCUCUGUUUCGUAUAACUUUAAUUAAGUUAGCAUACAUGCAAUUCAUCACUUUCCAACCUUGUUUUUUUUUUCACUGAACGGACUCUACAGCAGCUCAUCUCAGCCCGUCUGUGGUGUGUUUGCCAAAUUUCUUUUUCCACCUGCCAUAAAUAUUGCAACCACAGGGCUGAAGAUAGAUGGGGGGAAAAAGAGCAUGUUACAAGGAAAAGGGAUUUAGUUGUUUAAUGAAUGUCUCUCUGUGGUGACCCGACCAGAGACUACGAGCCACUACCAGGGGGAUUGAGAUAACUGACCAGAUACUGGAGACUCUGCAGACUGCACAGUCUCUCAGUCUGUAGCAGGAUGCUAAUCUAAUGACUCCAGCAGGCGAAAAAGAUUAUUGAAACUUUCCCCUGCUCCUCUUGUCUGUUCUGUCCUCAGGUUAUGGAGCAGUGAGUUUAGACAGCAACCCCAGUUAUGGUCACACUCCGUCUCACCACACCCCUCAGCUCUCCAGCCUGUCCUUCAAACACGAGGACACGCUGUCGCCAAACAACAUAGGUGAGUGUCUUCAUCCUGACGCGUCUCUGCACUAAAUUGACUCGCAGACUGGAGGACUGUCAUGUCACAGCAAGGUUAUAUAAGUAACCAGUUAUUUUUCAUAUCACAACAGAGCCGCUGUCAGCCAUUGUCCUUCAUCUCCCUCCGUCUCUGCCUGCGCACACAUUUAUGCACGCAGGCAUACGUAAACACACACUCCCUCUCGCUCUUUAAGCACACCAAUGGUUAAUGACUCUGAUAACUGGAGGAAACGGCUUUAUGUGACUCUGCUGGAAUGUCAAAAACUGUCUGGGGAACAAUAUAGUAUAUGAGGCUGAAAAGGACCACUGUUACUGAUUGACCCGCUCGCUCUGGAAAACAAUCCAGCAGGUCAAUCAGGAACAGUGCAGACAUGCAUGCACAAAAUAUAACUUCAAAAACAGAUUUUUAUUUGACAAGCUUACUUUUUGAGUUAGGAUUCACGAAUUUGUGUCCAUCCGAAAGAGAAUCUGAAAUAAUUCAAAGAUUAUGAAGUAAAUUGAAGAGAUAAUCAGGGAGAGAUUAAGGCUGCGAAUCCUCUUUUUAACCACUCAAUGAGAAGAAAACACUAAAACGUUAAAAACAACACAGGUUGUGUUUUUUAUCACUUUAAUAGUUUUUAAAAACUUUUUAUGAAUGCAUUUUUUAUUUGAGUAACUUGUAAGUGUCUUUUGAAAGGUAUAAUCAUUACUUUUAAAAAGAUCAGAACAAAUCUAGUGUUUUGUAUACCGAGAGAAAGCAGUUUCAGCGAUGCCUUUCAUGAUUUAUAUUUUUUUAUAUAUUAUUUUUAUUUCAAACUUUUUUCUCCAGUUGAGCAGCAGUACCCGGCUCCCCCUCCAAUGUUCGGAUGCCACAACCCUCCAGAUACCUGCCCGAGCAGCCAGGCUCUGCUUCUGAGAAACUACAACAGGUACAAUUAUCCUCCUCUUAAUGCUCCUAUUGUUACUUUAUUUGACUCCAGCUACCUCAAAUCCCCUCAUGGUACUAUUCCCCUCCUCCCAAAAGUGUUCGGACUCCUCGCACAUCCAUUAAUGUCAGAUUCUUUCCACUAACACUGCAUGCUCGCCGGUGCGCUCGCUCACUCGCUGGUCGUUUUUUAAACGUGUGAACUCCCUCUGAUCCUGCCUCUGCACUGUCUGGUUUGUGAAUCCUAAUUUGUUCUGAGGUUAAGUGCUGCCCACUGCUGCUCAGCAGGCCAAAACAAACAGAGAGUGAUCUACUGCUGAUGUGUCCGAGUCCACCCUGAGGAAAAAUGAGGAGAAAAGUAAAAGAGACGAGUUCAGCCGAAGUGAAAGUUAAGUGCUGGUUGAGACUGGGAAUUUGAUGGAUUUGGUUCCAACUUGUUCUCAUUUUGAUGCAAACCAUCUGAAGGGGUAAAUUAGGAUGAAAUUCUUUGAAUGCCGCCCUGUGAUGUUUUUGUAGAAAAGGAACAUGUGCUACCCAAACACUGGAACAGGGCUUGAUAAGAGGAGGGAAGACUGGGCUGUUGUUAGAGCUUAUGGCAUGAGCUGGAAACCCUCAAACAAACACAGAGACACGCACACACUCAUACACAGUGAAUACAUGUCCGAUAUCAAUGAGUCUUUCCACAGUUUAACAUAUCUCAGAGCUGAUUAGCGAGCCAUCACCAUCCUUCCCUCAAGGACUUCUCAAGGAAUGCCGUCCAGAAUUCCCCCGAAACUGUUUCCCGCUUUUUAAUGAUACUGAGGACAGAGUGAUGUCAUGCACUGGUGCGUGGUGUGCUAGGCACGGAGGCGCUCACCCCUGCAGAGAGCACCAUCACCUCUCCAAGUAUUUGUGUGUGAGUGUGUGUGUGUGUGUGCAGGAGAGUGAUCUGCCAAGGUAAAGAAUGGCUCAGAGCCCAUGUUUUUUAAUGAAGCCGGUGAGGAGUGUGCAGGGUGGACAGGAUGUGUUAAAAAGAGAGCAGUGUGGAGUUCCCCCUGAAUGAAACGUCUUCAUUAUCCAUACAAGGAAGGAGAAGAGACAGGAAGUGUGCGGGGUAACACAACUGCUGUCUGCGAUUUUUUAAUUUCAAGGUCUCCCCCAAAAUAACUAAUAAAAAAAUGAAGAAAAAAUGAAGACAUGAAGCAUAUUUUCCUCCUCAUCUCAGAGAUAAUCCUGUUACAUAACCAUUGAUAUUUCUCCAUGAGUUAAUUUAUCUUUUUGUGAUGACAUUUACCAAACUAAAUAAAGAGAGAUUUUGUCUUUAACGCCAAAGUAAAAGGUUAAUAAGUGUGCUGUGUUUUUCAUUCAGUGAUAACCUGUACCAAAUGGCGUCUCAGCUGGACUGUGUCACAUGGAACCAGAUGAACACGUUGGCGUCCUCCAUGAAGAGGUGAGCUUCUCCUCCGUUUUUAUUCCUUCUAAAUAACACCCCGCAUCCUUCACUUUUGAACAUUAUUUGUGGUGCUGCAGAGGAGGGGGAUUUGACCAGAUGGCUGUUGGCCUGCUGCCUAAGGAGAUCAGGAAGUGGAAAGGAACAAACUCACAUUUGUGUGUAUGUGUGUGUUUGUGUGCUCUUCUGAGUGUUUGAGACUAUUUUGAAUUAUUUUCAAACUGAGGACACUUUGACAUCUCUAAGAACUUGGUUCAGAUCUAGUUACUUUGUCAGUAUCUUUUUGAAACGUUCAGCGUGUUCACUAAAUUCCUCCUCUCUGCUCCUGACCAUCAGCGGACACGCAACCAGCUAUGACAGCGACCCCACAGUCCCGACUCCAUCCAUGCUGGUCAGUGCCCAGUACCACAUACACACACAUGGAGUCUUCAGGGGACUUCAGGUCAGCCACUGAACAGACAUUUACACACUAUAUGAGUGGAAACAAAUUAGUGCGGUCCAUGAAUACAUUAAAGGUCGUUGCUCUCUCUCUCCUAAAGGAUGUCAGACGGGUCACCAGUAUUGCUCCACCCGUCAUGAGGUCAACAGAGACCAACGAGAAGCGCCCGUUUGUCUGCGCUUAUCCCGGCUGCAGCAAGAAAUACUUCAAACUGUCACAUCUGCAGAUGCACGGCCGCAAACACACAGGUGAGAUUAGGUGACUUAUACUCCCUUUUUCACUGCCCACACUUCAAACUGCCAGCUGCUAUCCAACGCUGUGAGAAAUUGACUCCUCCCUCAAAUAAAUAAAUAAAAUAAAAAGAUUCUAAAAAACCUAGUUAUACCAGAGUUUAAAAAAAAGAAAUAAAAUGAAAGAAUAAAAAAAGAAAAAACAAUUGCUUGCGAAUCCUAGAUCUCCAAAAGCCAGACUACUGAAUGCAACAGGGUCGUGAAGUUUUGAGCAGACUUGCUCUUGAUCAGACCGUCUGAUAAAAAGCAGUCUGCUCAUAGCGUCACUGCCCUGAUGCAUUAAAUUUUCCAGGUUUUGGGGCUUUUCGGCAUGUGGGCUGUCUUCCUUUUGUGUUUUUGUGUAAAGAUAGGAAGACAGCUCAGCACCUGCCCCCUUCAGAUUGGCCAUGUGUGACAUGAUUUUUGUACAGUGCAAUGAAUUUCCUCUUCUCGACUUGAAAAUCAUUGGUGGCACAAUUGUCAUAUUGAUAAUUUUGGAGUUUGUAUGAUAACAAUGAUCGUUUAUCUUGCAGGAGAGAAGCCGUACCAGUGUGAUUUCACGGACUGCGGCCGCAGAUUCUCUCGCUCAGACCAGUUAAAGAGGCACCAGCGCAGACACACAGGUACACCCCUGCAAAGCUAAAAGAGUUUCCUCCAGAGUCGCAGCUUCUUGUUUUUUUUUUUUUCUUCCUGGGAGUAUGAAGUCUUUAAACCUGAAGGGAGUUCACAUUCCACAAUGGAUCAAACUUUAAAACAAAAGAGGGUCUGCUGUAAGCAUAAAUCAGCAUUUUAGACUCCUUUUACAGCUCUCUCCAAGUUGGUUACAAUAAAUGAAUACUUUAAGGAUUUACUAUUUCCUGUCUGAAUUUUAUUCCCAUUAUUGAGGAGAAGGCCGUGACACAGACUUUAAUCAUGUGAAACCCACAAUGACGUAGACAAAGAGUCAUCUUAUUUAAUCAUUUAUGAGAAUUAUUGCUUUAAUUUUUUUAAAUUGUAAUCAGAUUAUUGAACUAUUGAUGUCAUUGUUAGAAGACAGAAGUUAUAACUAAUUUUUUUUAUUAACAACUUUAAAUUAAUGUCACAGAAAUAGACCCAAAAUAAGCUUGAAUGAAUUUUCCUUCAACACAGACUUUAAAAUAUCAUAUUUUUACUUCUUGGAUUUUAACUUAAACAUUUUUUUAAAUUUCACUUAAGUAUAUAUUUGACUGGAUAAAAUAACUUUACUGUUUUUUCAUGAGUAGUUUAAGUUUUCUUAAUGAGUGCUGAACUUGAAUAGUGAAAAGUGGAUAAUGCUUUGAUGUUGUAGAAUAUGUUGAAAUGAAAUGCAGUUUCUUUGAAAAAGUCUAAAUAUAAAUAUGACCUCUCAGCUAUUUAAAUGAUUUUUUUAAGAACAGACUUUUCUCAUGGACUGUAUGUUCUAAUCCUUUGUCUUCACAAUGAUUGCUCCAUAAAACUGACCCUUUGACCCUUACCCGCCCCCUUUUUUUCCAUUUCUUUGGUUUGAACCACCGCAACAUCUGUUAUCAUCUCUGUGUAGGAGUGAAGCCUUUUCAGUGCGAGACGUGUCAGAGAAAGUUUUCACGGUCAGAUCAUCUUAAGACACACACUCGGACUCAUACAGGUAAAACAAGUGCGUAUACCUUUAAUUUUUUUAUCUUUAUUCUUCCAUUGACAUCUUUUUGUGCCGGUAGCCUCUUUGGCUCGAUUAAAGAAAUGAUAACUUGUACCCCAUGAGUUGAAUUCCCUCUAAAGCAACCAUUUUUCCCUCCUUGUCCCUUUGCUGUCAGGUGAGAAGCCCUUUACCUGCCGCUGGUCCAACUGUCAGAAGAAGUUUGCCCGCUCUGACGAGCUGAUGCGCCACCACAGCAUGCACCAGAGAAACCUGACCAAGCUGCAGUCUGCCAUCUGAGCAGCCUGAGGAGGAGGCGGAGGAGGAGGAGGAGGAGGAGGAGGAAGGGGAGGAGGAUGAAGAGGAGGGGGAGGAAGGUGACAAUAUGUUGUGCCAGCUAGCAGGGGAAGCUGCUGGAGCCUGGUCAGCGGUUCUGGUACCGUGCCAGACUGGAUGAAGUGGUGAGCGCAGCUGAUGCCUCCCUCCACCGGCCAGAAUGAAGAGACUCUGGUGAUUCUCAAGAUUACUGAGGCGCUAUUUGAUGUAAAACUCUGACUGACACAACAACAACAUCAUCAUCACAGUUUUCUGAGCCAAAGAGUCUUUAAAGAGCCGGAUGAGGAAGAUGUUAAUACACUAUUUUGGAUAUAUUUUAGUACACUUGCACUGGCUUCUUUUUUUUUUUUAUCAUGUUAGUUGCUUCACCUCAAACAAUGUGCUGGACGAUGUAAAAACUGGAUUAAGGAAAUCGGACAAUGUGUUUUCCGUCCAUUAAGUUGAACACAGAGAAGUUUUGCUUUGGGAAUGUGAACCUUUUCCUUUUCCUAGUAUACGCACUACUUACCUUUUUGCUUUGUAUAUAUGUGGUGUAUUUGCUUCCAUUUAUAGACAUUCCUUUUUGUAUUUUCUGUGUUUUGUAAGUUUAUAAACUCGGACUUGCGUCUUUUUCAAAGA